AUGCCAGUUCCAUUUGAAGGGUUAUUACCAUAUGCUAUAAUGACUGCAUUUUUUGGACUUGCAGGUCAUGGUGUUCAAUUUAUAAGAUAUUGGGAUAAUGGUUGGAAAAAUGAUAGAUAUAAUUUAGAUGAAUUUGAUGAAAAAAUGAUGCAAAGAGAUUUUUAUUUAACUGGUGUUAAAAGAGGUCAACAAAGUGAUCCAAUAGCUCCUGAAGAAUUUAAAACUAUUCAACAAAUUCCACAAAGAUACUGGACUCCAUAUAGAGAUCAAUAUUUCGUACUUAGAGAAAGAUUAUUUAGAGGUUAUGUAUUUGGUGAUUGGAAUUGGCAAUAA